AUGGAGGGCUCGUCUGGUGUUCGGCGAGCCUUACAUUUGGAGUUAGGGGACCAUUGUGUCUCCCUUCUAGGUUCAGAAGAAUGUCCAGAAGGCACUCACAGCUACUCGUUGGGAUGCGACUUUUUGGUACCCGAAGCCACCUGCGAGAACCCAAAACCUAAAGCGGACACCCGCGUAAUGCUUUGCGACUACUCAGCUUGCUACUGUGACGAACCCACUGUCCGGGACACAGCCUCCAACAAAUGCGUCCCACUCGACCAGUGCCCCAAGAAGGAAUACGACCUAUUAAAAUUCCACGUCCAGUUGCUUAAUUUGGUUCGACGUAACAAGUUGUUUUGCUCGUAUAAAUUCUCCCGCGUAAUAUUUACUAUGAAGCUUUUGGUCGCUUUGUGUGUUUUCGUGGUUAUUGGUUUUGCUACAGCCAAGCCUCACGAACGAGGGUGCAUCUAUAUUAUGGGAAAAUGUUCACAGGAGUGUCCAGAAGGCACUCACAGCUACUCGUUGGGGUGCGACUAUUUGGUACCCGAAGCCACCUGCGAGAACCCAGAACCUAAAGCGGACACCCGUGGAAUGUUUUGCGACUUCUCAGCUUGCUACUGCGACGAACCCACUGUCCGGGACAAAGCCUCCAACAAAUGCGUCCCUCUCGAUCAGUGCCCCAAGACGGAAUAAUAACAAUAAUUUGUAUUGUGUUACUUAAGCAAUGGUUAUAAAGUAUAUUAGUAAAA